AUGGCUUCCUAUGAACUGAAGAACAGAGCUGCUCAGACCCUCCACGAGGUCGGGCAUGCGCAGAACAGCAAGGAUCGCGAUGAUUUAGAUCUGGCGCGGGUGGGAAAGAAGUCGGUUUUGAAGAACCCAGUGGAGGUCCUGCCACCGCAGUUUACGGAUACAUAUUUGCAUGGGUUGGCACAGGAUGCUGCUUUGUUCUUCUUGCUGAGCUAUCCUCAAUGGCUCCAACGUCUGGUGGCCAGUACCAUUGGAUGGCUUACUGUGAUCGGAUGGCAAUCUGCUUUCGCCUCUACCGCGUUUCUUAGCGGAACCGAAAUCCAGGGCGCUGCUAUCUUAGCCCAUGAGAGGUACAAUGCCGAACCCUACCAAGGAACUCUCAUCAUGUGGGCAUCCAUUGCUCUUGCUCUAGGAGUCAAUCUUGUCGGCGGCAAACUGCUUCCCCGUCUAGAGAAUCUCGUUCUUGUUCUCCAUAUCCUCGGAUUUCUAGCCAUCCUCAUUCCUCUUACGUACAUGUCCGACCAUAAAACCGCCAAAGAGGUCUUCACCACCUGGACUAACGAAGGCGGCUGGUCGUCAAACGGGAUCGUCUUCUUCCUCGGUAUGCAAGGUGGAAUCUUUGCUUUCGCAGGUGGCGAUGCUGCGGUGCACAUGGCCGAAGAGGUCCAAAACGCAUCUGUUACCAUCCCUCGAGCUAUCAUCAUGACUAUCAUGAUCAACGGUACCCUUGGUUUUGGCAUGCUGAUCGCCGUUCUUUUCUGCAUGGGCGAUCUUGAAGCCGCCAUGGAGACUCCCACGGGAUACCCCUUCAUGCAAAUCUUCUACCAAGCCACGAACUCCCUACCGGGCUCUCUGACUAUGAUAUCCAUUAUGCUGAUUAUUGGCCUCUGCGCUACCAUCGGCAUGCUGGCGGCUACAUCCCGUCAAUUUUGGUCAUUUGCGCGAGAUCAAGGGAUUCCGGGAUGGCGACUCUGGAGCAAGGUCUCUCCCACCUCCUCCAUCCCAAUCUACUCCGUCAUAUUCACCAUGAUCGUCGCCUCCCUCCUCGGCCUCAUCAACAUCGGCUCCGAUGUCGCCCUCAACGACGUCGUCUCCAUGGCCGUCUCGGGCCUCUACCUCUCCUACCUCUCUGUCGGCUCUCUUCUGCUCUAUCGCCGCGUCACUGGCGCCAUCUAUAAUCACGAAUCCGACAUUCCCUCCUCCCUCACCUCCCCUACUACGACCGUCAACGUUCCCGGCUCCCCGCUUGUCUGGGGCCCUUUCCGCGUUCCCGGUAUCCUAGGUAUUGCGGUCAACGUGUUCGCCAUCAUCUACAUGAUCAUCGUUAUCUUCUUCAGCUUCUGGCCCACUGAGGCGGUGGUGGAUUAUACAACAAUGAACUAUAGCGUUGUGAGCACAUUCGGAACGGUGAUCAUUGCGGUGAUUUACUAUUUUAUCCGGGCGAAGAACGUGUAUCGCGGGCCGAUUAUCGAGACGAUGUAA